GUUUGGUAGAACAGCAUACAGGAAGUAAAUAUUGUUGAUCCAUAAGGCGUGCAGCAGCAAGUUCGCAAAUUACUCAGCGAAAUCGACGAAAUGGAUCGUUUUACGUGGUCUAAUGGUUUAUUGGAAAUAAAUGAAACGUUGGUGAUUCAGCAAAGAGGUAUCAGACUGUAUGAUGGAGAUGAAAAGGCAAAAAUGGACCUGGGGAUAGUCUUGCUAACUACCCAUCGGCUGAUAUGGAGGGAUCAGAAGAAUCACGAGUGCUGCAUUUCCAUACCUCUCUCUCAGGUUAUAUUUUUCGAAGAACAAGCAGCUGGGAUUGGAAAGAGCGCAAAGAUAGUUAUUCAUUUGCACCCAAACCCUUCGAACAAGGAGCCUGGUCCAUACCAGCACAGUAAGUUCUCCCACAUCAAGUUGUCCUUCAAGGAACACGGGCAGAUUGAGUUCUACCGGAGACUGACAGAGGAGAUGACACAAAAGAGAUGGGAGAACACACCAGCCUCUGAACCCAUGCCUACAGCAACAGGAUCUAAGACAGGAAGAACCCGUGCAGUUGGAAUAGUAGGCAUUGAGAGAAAAUUGGAGGAGAAACGCAAAGAGACAGACAAGAGCAUAUCGGAGGCAUUUGAGGACCUCAGUAAGCUCAUGGUGAAAGCCAAAGAGAUGGUAGAACUGUCAAGAUCCAUCGCCAAUAAAAUCAAAGACAAGCAAGGGGACAUCACAGAAGAUGAAACCAUCCGUUUCAAGUCAUACUUGCUCAGCAUGGGCAUAGCCAACCCUGUAACUAGAGAGACCCACGGUUCAGGGACACAUUAUCAUAUGCAGCUGGCGAAACAGCUGGGUGACAUGCUGCAGGCCCCUCUGGAAGAGCGUGGCGGCAUGAUGGCUCUGACGGAGGUGUACUGCCUUGUGAACAGGGCCAGAGGGAUGGAGCUUCUGUCUCCUGAGGACUUAGUAAACGCUUGUAAGAUGUUUGAGUCACUGAAACUGCCUUUGAGGCUGCGAGUCUUUGACAGUGGCGUCAUGGUGGUGCAGCUUCAGUCCCAUAGUGAAGAGGAGAUGAUCGCUUCAGCUCUGGAUAAUGUGUCGGACAAGGGUUCUCUGACCGCUGAAGAGUUUGCCAAACUUUUAGGGCUGUCUGUACUUCUAUCUAAGGAGAGACUACUGCUGGCUGAAAAGAUGGGACAUUUGUGCCGGGAUGACUCAGUAGAGGGAUUACGAUUUUAUCCAAAUUUAUUUUAAUGCACAAUCUCCCAUAUUAAAGAAACACCUAUGCUUUUGCAGUCUAAUUCAGUUUGUGGCAACUGUCACAUAGCUGUAGGAUGGACUGUUUUGUUUCUGAUAAAGAAUAAUUGCUGUGUAGAAUACUGGUGGUGAGUUUCUAAAGUACAUUAUUUUGAAUACCUAUUUCUUAAACUUGCUUGUUGGACAUUUUCCUCUCAGAGCUGUAUAGUUUUUCUCAUAUUUUGUGGCAUAAUCACCAUAUGUAAAUAUCAAACCAAUUCUUAGUUGUGUGCCUGAGGAUUGGCAUUUUGGUGGAUCAGUAAUAAUCUCCUUGUCAGUCUUGGAAUAAAAUAUCACUAUUUGUCAAAUAACACUGGAAUGAUUUUAGUUUUCUAGCAAGUC